CUCAUCGAAGAAGACGUGUGGAGAGAUUAACAUGGCGUCUAUGGUUGCUGUGUUGAUCGGGGCCGUGGAUGAGAAAAACAAAAUACUGAACAGGAAAAUAAAGACGGUCUAGGUGCAUUUGGAGCUAAAACCUGCAUAUUACAGUGUUCAUUGGACUAGCUGCCUCACUAGACCCUGAUCAUCCUCAAUACAGAGUAGCAGCUAGAGAGUGGGAGAGGACAGGAUUGAGGCAUGGAGGAAUCACAAAGCCCAUUAAAAUCAGUCAAGCCCUUUCGCAACGAGGCCAAGGGAACCAAAGCUUCAUCCUUUGCCAGCUCCAGGCCCCUGAAAGAGGCUCCAGCCCAGAGAGAGUGCCCCAAGUCUGCCACUGCCUGUCAGAGCAAGGAGAACAUCACCACAGCCAGGGAAGACAAUAAGGACCAAGGCAGUAACUGUGGGACAGGCACAGGCAGAGCCUCCACUGCCAGCCCUCAGAACCCAGGGAGAGGGAAGCCUCGUAGGCUAACUGGGAGGACCAGCUCUGGGGAGAGGGGGAAGGUGAGAGUUGAAGACCAGCAGCAGCAGAGGGGUGAUGCUAGGCCCUCGUUGGUUACAGGACACAGCCUGGCUGGUGUAGUUGGAGACAGAGACACAGGAAUGGUGGCUACUUCAUCUGAAGGCCUUACUUUACAGACCAAGACAAGUCCAUUGAAGGAGAUGUCACCGGGUGAGAAGGCUGAUGCUGUGGUGGGCACAGGGCAGCCUGCAUUGGAGGUCACUGUGGUGGGGUCAGGAGUCAACGAGCGGGGUCAGGGUAGAAGCAUGACCUCUGAGCAGAAGCUGGGUCUCAGACAGGCUGAGGAGCGCCUCUACAGAGACUACAUACACAGACUGGUCAAGCAGUCUCCUGAAUACCCUAACUUCCAGUACCUAUGCAAGCUGUGUUCUGUACACAUUGAGAACAUACAGGGGGCACACAAACACAUCAAGGAGAAAAGACACAAGAAGAACAUCAUGGAUAAGCAGGAGGAGAACGAGCUACGGGCGCUGCCUGCCCCCAACCCAGCCCAGCUCGGAGCCGUUAACGCAGCCGUCCUCCGGGCGGCCAACCAACACGGCAUCUCAGACCAGGACUUCCUGGUGCGACAGGAAGUGGUCGACAGGAUGGAGGUGAUCAUCCAGCAGCACCUCUCAGUUUGCUCCCUUCGGCUCUACGGCUCCUGUCUCACCCGAUUUGCCUUCAAGACAAGUGACAUUAACAUUGACGUCACCUACCCCUCCACUAUGACCCAACCAGAUGUGCUGAUACUAGUACUGGAAAUCCUGAAGAACAGCACUGAAUAUUCUGAGGUGGAGUCUGACUUUCAYGCCAAWGUUCCGGUCGUGUUUUGCAGAGAUGUCAACAGUAGGUUGUUGUGCAAGGUAAGUGCAGGUAAUGACGUAGCCUGCCUCACUACCAACCACCUGGCUGCCCUGGCUAGACUGGAACCCAGACUGGUGCCUCUGGUCCUGGCCUUCCGCCUCUGGGCUAAGUUGUGCCACAUUGACUGCCAGGCGGAAGGGGGUAUCCCCUCCUAUUCCUUCUCUCUCAUGGUCAUCUUCUUCCUCCAACAACGCAGGGAGCCCAUCCUCCCUGUCUACUUCGGCUACUGGAUUGAAGGCUUUGACGUGAAGCAUGUGGACGAGUACCAUCUGACGGGGAUAGAGAUGGAUAUAUUUGUGGGGUGGGAGCACAGACCCCCCAGUACAGAGGGACGGGGGGACGGCAGGGGGGAAGGACGGAAGGCCAAGCCUGAGCAAAAGAAACCUGAUGUGAAGAACCGGCAUGUAGCGGGGAUGACGCGUCUAUCCCUGGACCUGGGUAAGGGUGUGUCMCUGGGCCAGCUGUGGCUGGAGCUGCUGAGGUUCUACACGCUGGARUUCGCCCUGGAGGAACACAUCAUCAGCAUCCGCCUCAAAGAACUUCUCUCKMGAGAGAUSAAGAACUGGCCCCGACGCAGGCUGGCCAUCGAGGAUCCGUUUGCCCUGAAGAGGAACGUCGCACGCAGCCUCAACAGUCAGAUGGUCUUUGAGUACAUCCAGGAGCGCUUCCGCACCGCCUACAAAUACUUUGCCUGCCCGCAGAGCAAGGACCGAAACACCGUGGAGCAGCAGAGAGGCAAGAAUACAACCAAACAUGGGGGCAUGAAACGGGAGGAAGGCGAAAGAAAGGGUGGAGAAGAGGUGUCUGAAAAGAGUGGAGGUGGACAGGGUGAUGGGAAUGAAGGGAAAAGUCARAGCUCUGAGACAGGUCAGAAGGRGGAUGGUGAGAGUGAUGAAGAGGAWCGAGCUGAGCGGACUCAGGAGAAGGAGGAGAGGGCAUUGAAUGGCGGGCUUAUGGACUUGGUCCUUAGUGGGGGGGGCACUUCAACGGAUGGGGCUGUAGCGGAGCCUGGCACCACUCUGGAGCCUUCCUCCGCCUCAACCCAUAACGGCCUACUGGAUGGGGAUGAAGAGGAGGAGAACCAUGUGUCGGAGAAGCAGGGACAUAUUGCACCAGAGGACCUGCACUAUAUCUUUGACAGAAUGAUCUUCACUGGCGGAAAGCCUCCUACAGUCGUGUGCAGCACAUGUAAGAGAGAUGGCCAUCUGAAGGACGAGUGUCCUGAGGACUUCAAGAAGAUCGAGCUCAAACCGCUGCCCCCCAUGACCGACCGCUUCAGAGACAUCCUGGAUGGCCUUUGUAGACUCUGCUACCGAAUACUCAAGCAUGCUAAAUAUCAUUUNAAGAACUGGCCCCGACGCAGGCUGGCCAUCGAGGAUCCGUUUGCCCUGAAGAGGAACGUCGCACGCAGCCUCAACAGUCAGAUGGUCUUUGAGUACAUCCAGGAGCGCUUCCGCACCGCCUACAAAUACUUUGCCUGCCCGCAGAGCAAGGACCGAAACACCGUGGAGCAGCAGAGAGGCAAGAAUACAACCAAACAUGGGGGCAUGAAACGGGAGGAAGGCGAAAGAAAGGGUGGAGAAGAGGUGUCUGAAAAGAGUGGAGGUGGACAGGGUGAUGGGAAUGAAGGGAAAAGUCARAGCUCUGAGACAGGUCAGAAGGRGGAUGGUGAGAGUGAUGAAGAGGAWCGAGCUGAGCGGACUCAGGAGAAGGAGGAGAGGGCAUUGAAUGGCGGGCUUAUGGACUUGGUCCUUAGUGGGGGGGGCACUUCAACGGAUGGGGCUGUAGCGGAGCCUGGCACCACUCUGGAGCCUUCCUCCGCCUCAACCCAUAACGGCCUACUGGAUAGGGAUGAAGAGGAGGAGAACCAUGUGUCGGAGAAGCAGGGACAUAUUGCACCAGAGGACCUGCACUAUAUCUUUGACAGAAUGAUCUUCACUGGCGGAAAGCCUCCUACAGUCGUGUGCAGCACAUGUAAGAGAGAUGGCCAUCUGAAGGACGAGUGUCCUGAGGACUUCAAGAAGAUCGAGCUCAAACCGCUGCCCCCCAUGACCGACCGCUUCAGAGACAUCCUGGAUGGCCUUUGUAGACUCUGCUACCACGAGCUGUCCCCUUCCCCUGGAGAGCAGCAGAAGAGAGAGCAGAUCCUGGGUAGUCUGGAGAGGUUCAUACAAAAGGAGUACAAUGACAAUGCCCAGCUGUGUUUGUUUGGCUCCUCCAAGAACGGCUUUGGUUUCCGUGACAGCGACCUGGACAUCUGUAUGACCCUGGAGGGCCAUGAUACAGCAGAGAAUUUGAACUGCAAAGAGAUCAUCGAAGGCCUAGCCAAGGUGCUAAAGAAACACACAGGUCUGAGGAACAUCUUGCCUAUCACAACAGCCAAAGUGCCUAUUGUGAAGUUUGAACACAGACAGAGCGGACUAGAGGCAGACAUAAGCCUCUACAACACUCUGGCUCAACACAACACCAGAAUGCUGGCUACCUACGCUGCCCUAGACCCUCGCGUGCAGUUCCUGGGAUACACCAUGAAGGUGUUUGCGAAGCGCUGUGACAUAGGUGACGCGUCCAGAGGAAGUCUGUCAUCCUAUGCCUACAUCCUCAUGGUGCUCUACUUCCUGCAGCAGAGACAGCCCCCUGUCAUCCCUGUUCUCCAAGAGGUCUUUGAUGGACAUUCUGUACCGCAGAGGAUAGUGGAUGGUUGGAAUGCCUUCUUCUUUGAUGACAUUGAGGAACUGCGUCAGCGUCUGCCAGAGCUUCCGCAGAACCGCGAGACUGUGGGGGAGCUGUGGCUGGGCCUGCUCAGGUUCUACACUGAAGAGUUUGACUUUAAGGAGCACGUCAUCAGCAUCCGCCAGAGGAAACGGCUCACCACCUUCGAGAAGCAGUGGACCUCCAAGUGCAUCGCCAUCGAAGAUCCCUUCGACUUGAAUCACAAUCUUGGUGCUGGAGUUUCUCGCAAAAUGACUAACUUCAUCAUGAAGGCCUUUAUCAACGGCAGGAAGCUGUUUGGUACUCCUUUCUACCCCCAGCCUGGCAUAGAGGCGAACUACUUCUUUGACUCCAAGGUGCUCACGGACGGGGAACUUGCACCUAAUGACAGGUGCUGUCGGAUCUGUGGCAAGAUCGGUCAUUACAUGAAGGACUGCCCCAAAAGACGCAGGUACACAGGGAGAGAACAUCAGGGGAUGAAGAAGAAGGAGAAUGAAAAAGAGGAGGAUGUCAAGGAUGGAGACGAUCAUGAGCCACGGGAGCGUCGCUGUUUCCAGUGUGGUGAAAUUGGUCAUGUACGGCGGGACUGCCCAGAGUACCGCCACCUUAGACAGAAAGCCGCAGGGGGACCAGUUUCCCACAUAGUGCGAGCCAUGGUAAGCUCCCAGUCCAUCCCCAUCCCCCAACCUCCCCAGGACCUCCCAGGACGCACCAGACAACCUUCCGAAUGUUCUGAUUCCCGCCAGACUCCGCCCUAUUCCCCUCAGCCCACCCUGUUCUCCCAGGGUUCUAGCCAAUCCUCCAGCUCCCCCCAGCCCUCCUCCUCCAAGACCUCCAUCUCCGCUGGAGGGGGACCGCACAAGCAGCCCCAACAUCCCCAGGUUCCCCUCUCUCUCUUUAGCUUCCCUCUCUCCCACCCAAGCCAGUACCACCACCCUGGAGCUCUCACUGCUCUGGGGCUACUGCCGUCCCACCACAACCAGCAACAAUCACACCUGUCCCAGGGGCACCAGGCCCAUCACCAACCCCACCACCCCUCCACCUCCUGGCCCAUCCAUGGCCCCGUCCUCCAGACCUCUAGUGGCCCCGAAGGGCCCUCCCCGCCCGGCCUAAAAUUCCCCUUGCGCCAGGCCCCCGGGCAAGGGAAUGGGAACACAGGCCCAGGGGGGUCGCCGGUGGGUGGCAGCCCCAUGAACCUCAAUGACCCCAGCAUCAUCUUCGCCCAGCCGGCGGGGAGGCCCAUGGGCUUGGGAGGAGGGCCGGGACUGGACGGGCACUGGCACAACCACCUGGCACAGCAAGGGGCACUGGUGGCUAAUGGCACUGUGGGCAAGUCAGAUCCGGGCUACCAGACCCAGUUCGGGGGUGUGAGUCAGCAGGGCUCUAGGAAUUGGGAGCACAGCAACGUAGCCCACUACUCCCAGUCCCCAUCCUGGCCCUACCGCAUGCCACAGAAAUUCAUCCAGCAGGGCAACGGGUGCCACCCACAACCCGGCAAGCCCAUCAUGUCCCAAAGUUCUGUGGUGCACCCCAGUCAGCAUUUCCCGCUCCUCCCCCACGGACGACGACAUGUCAACCUCAAUUACAUCCAACAGAAGAAAUGAACUUUGAAUUCGAAACUCUGCUCCCAUAGCAUAUCCAUUCAAUUAGGUUUUAUGGUCCUUCACCAUGACAAAACAAAAACGAUGUAAUYGAAAUUUGCAUCAUUUGGUCACAAUACUUUUUAAAUGAAUUUUAUCAUUUUUGUACAGUUAAAAAAAAAAAUGGGUUCCUUACAUUGAUUUGUGAUACAAAUGCCAUAUUUUAAUACCCCCAUUUUUGAAGGGGUCCAAAAAGUGUUUAUUUUAUCGUGUAAAGGAAGUAGGUAAAAAUAUUAGCUGUAUUCAUACUUUGCUUGCUUAAGGAUAAAAGCUUUGAAUAUAUAAAAAAAAAUAUAUAUAUAUCAUGCCCACCCCUAUCAGAUAGUUAGUGCCUUCAGAAAGUAUUCAUACC